UUAUAUCUGGUCAAAUUCCAGAAACUGAAAAAGCCGGAUGUGUAAUCCAUUUUUAAUAGUUUAAAAUAUACAUGUACAGAACACAACAGUAUUGUUAACUAUUGAGUGUGAAGGUAACAUGGCUGCCAAAUUAGCCUUCUCAGGGAAGCUGACUAAAUCAGAUCCAAAAGAAAACCCUGUGUUGAUUGUUGGUCAAUUGAAAUUUCUCAAGCAGAUUAAAUUCACAGAUGUAUCACUCAAGCUUGAACCCAGAGUCAAUGAGGAGACAUUUACCACUGCCAUAGAAGGUCUUCAUCCAUCACCCACGGAUAGCUGCCCCUUAUGGUUGACAAAUGCCACCGUGGCUGCAUUACCCAUCAAAUGUAGCCGUCACAAUACACAAACCAGAUCACAUUCCUUAUCAAAGUUAGUCAAGUCCUGCUAUGCUGGUGGAAAUGAAUACAUAGUGAUAAUAUGUGAGAGGAAAGAUCUUGUAGCAUCUGCCGCAGCUGUGGCUCGCACAUUGCCCCUGUACAGUCGCAAAUCCUCAACACCCAGCAAGGGUCGUACAGUUGUGGUUGAGUACCUCCUGGUCGGUGAGGGGAGUGACAAGCCUCUCGAUGAUGAAGAUAUUGAUUGUCUAAACACGGUCGCUGAGGCAGUGAGGUUAACAGCUAAAAUUGUAGAUAUACCAUGUGCAGAUAUGCACACCAAUACUUUCCUUGAUGAAAUACGUGAGGUAGGAAAGAAGUUGGGAAUCCAGCCACAUAUCAUAGCUGGGGAAGCUCUUGAUCAAAUGGGCUUUGGUGGUAUAUGGGGUGUAGGAAAGGCAGCUGAGAAUCUUCCAGCUCUUGCUGUUCUUAGUUUUACUCCCCCAUCAGCCGAGAAAACUGUUGCCUGGGUGGGGAAAGGUAUUGUCUUCGACACUGGUGGACUGUGCAUCAAGACAAAGGUUGGAAUGUGUGGAAUGAAAACUGACUGUGGUGGAGCGGCAGCAAUGCUUGGCGCUUUCUAUCUUGCUGCCAAAACGGGAUUCAAAGAGAAUCUUCACGCAGUGUUCUGUUUGGCUGAAAAUGCUGUUGGACCAAAAGCUCUAAGACCAGAUGAUAUCAUUACCCUUUAUUCAGGAAAGACUGUUGAAAUCAAUAAUACGGAUGCAGAAGGUCGCCUUGUUUUAGGAGAUGGGGUUGGCUAUGCACAGAAAGAUCUAAAAGCAGAUAUAAUUGUUGAUAUGGCAACGCUAACAGGAGCUCAAGGAAUUGCAACUGGAAAGUAUCAUGCUGGAAUCUUGACAAACAAUGAGGACAUGGAGCUAGCUUGUGUGAAGGCUGGACAAAAUUGUGGUGAUCUCGUGCAUCCAGUGCCAUACUCACCAGAGCUACAUUUCCCAGAAUUCAACAGUGCAGUAGCUGACAUGAAAAACUCAGUCGCUGAUCGUUCAAACGCCCAAGUGUCAUGCGCUGGUCUUUUUAUAGGAUCUCAUCUAGGGUUUGAUUUCUCCGGAGUUUGGUUACAUAUUGAUAUGGCUGCCCCUGCUCAUAUUGGUGAUAGAGCAACGGGUUAUGGACCUACCUUACUAAACACUCUAUUUGGAGGAAAGUCUUCCAACAAACUUCUACAGUCUAUAGCCCCUGCAAUGCCGCUGUGGGAACGUGAGGGCAUGGAGGUGGAGGAAAAUACGGACAACAGCAAGAAAGCCAAACUACAAACAGAGUGAACAAAAUCUGCUGAUGCAGCAAAAA